AUGGUUGCCACAGCAUCGGAUGAUGUAGAUGAGACUACGGCUCUUCUGGGCCCCAAUCGGGCCCCUGAAGAGGAAAAACCUCUACCAAAGGCUCAGAUCCUGCUACUCUGUUACGCACGGGCCAUCGAGCCCUUGGCUUUCUUCUCCAUCUUCCCUUAUGUCAGCCAGAUGAUCCAGGACAACGGGGGCGUCAAAGACUCGGAUGUCGGCUUCUACACUGGGAUCAUAGAGUCAUUGUUCUCCCUGACUCAAGCCAUCGUGAUGAUCUUCUGGGGCCGCGCGGCCGAUCGCGUCGGCCGUAAGCCGGUCCUGGUCUUCUCCUUAUUCGGCGUGACUAUGGCGACGGGUCUGUUCGGACUGGCAAAAACUAUCCCACAGAUGGUCCUAUUCAGGUGUCUUGCCGGUGUCUUUGCGGGGACUAUCGUCACAAUCCGCACGAUGAUAGCCGAGCACAGCACGAGCAAGACACAGGCCCGAGCGUUCAGUUGGUUCGCUUUCAGUGGGAACCUGGGCCUUUUCCUGGGCCCUUUGUUAGGUGGUAGUCUUGCCAAUCCAGCAGGCCAGUAUCCGGGUAUCUUUAGGGACACUGGGUUCUUCGCUGACUACCCAUACGCACUUUCAAGCCUGGUGGUAGCGCUGGUGGGGGCUACUGCUGCCUUGUCUAGUCUCUUCUUCGUCCAAGAGACCUUGAAAAUGGAGCCCGCUGCAUCGGGCUCCGACCGCGAUGAGGGACUAUCAACCUGGCAGCUUUUGAAAGCGCCUAAUGUGGGGAUAGUUCUCUACACAUAUGGACAUAUCAUGGUCCUUGCCUUCGCGUUUACAGCCAUUAUACCUGUCUUUUGGUUCACGCCCGUGUACCUCGGGGGAUACGGCUUCACUCCUCUACAGAUCUCGGUACUGAUGGGUCUGAACGGCGCCGCGCAAGCUACGUGGCUCCUCUUGGUCUUUCCCCCCUUGCAGAAGAGGAUCGGGUCGAACGGCGUGAUCCGUCUAUGUGCCUAUGCCUAUCCAUUCUUCUUCCUUGCCUGCCCAGCUGGUAACGCCCUUCUGCGACUGGGGACCGACGCAUCUGUGAAGACCUUCUGGGUGUUCAUGCCGAUCGCGCUCGGCAUCGGCUGUGGCGUCAGCAUGAGCUUCACGGCCAUCCAGCUCGUCUUGAACGACGUCUCUCCCUCGCCGAGAGUAUUGGGGACGCUGAACGCCCUCGCCUUGACCGGGGUUAGCGGGCUGAGGGCGUUUUGCCCGGCCCUUUUCACCACGCUCUUCGCCUUGGGCGCGAGGACGCAACUCGCCGGGGGGUACGCCAUCUGGAUCCUGAUGCUCUUGCUGGCUGUCGGGUUGUCGGUUGCUGCGAGAUAUCUACCGGAAAUCAAGGAGCCUGAUGAAUCUUCUUGA